AUUGAAGAUAGAAAAAAGAGAAAUGUUUCCUUCACUAAGAGACGACAAGGGCUAUUCAAGAAAGCCGCUGAUCUGUGCCGUCUUACCGGUGCUGAUAUUUCUCUCUUGGAAUUGACACAGUCCUAGUCCUUGUUGGCCCUGCAAUCUUGUUGCCACCAAAAUCUGCCAAGGAUGCUGAGAAAUCCUUCUCUUGCCUCUCCCUUCUUGGAAGCAUUCUUCCAAUCUACAAGGAAACCUCUCCCUUCUUGGAAGCAUUCUUGCAGUCUACAUACAAGUAAGGAAAACUUACUCAUGCAUUUCUAUAUUUCCUUGUGCAUCUUAUGAUUCUUACCUAAUUGGUUAUGUGAGUUGUGAAUCCUAGAGGGAAGUUAUUGCUGAAUUGAAGGCAGCUGGUGCUUCAUGGAUUCAGUUUGACGAACCCAAACUUGUGAUGCAUCUUGAUACCGGGAAGUUGAACGCGUUCACUGAUGCCUACCCUCUAAAAUCUACUCUAUCUGUUCUUAAUGUUAUUGUUGAGACCUACUUCGCAUACAAAACCCUCCACCUGAUUAGUUUUGGAAUUUAGAUAUGGGAAUUAGUUUCCUGAUUAUGAUUCUUGUCUUGUUCAGUAUUCUGACUUAUGCACAACUCUACAGGAAUUACAUCCUAUUCCUCCACCUGACAGAACACAAGAAGAUAUACCUCUUCUUCAAACUGUAUGAUCCGCAAAAAGAACAACUGCGGUAUGUGGGGAGACUUUUUAUGAAGGAAAGUGGCAAGCCUAUGUAAAUUCUUAGAAAGCUUAAUGAGAUGGCUGGAUUAUCUCCAGAUGAAGAGAUAAAACUUUUUGAGGUUGUACGCUUCCAAUAUCUGGAGAAACUGAAGGAAGAUGAUUUCUCUCUAGAGCUGUCGAAGGUAUUUACUUAUGAUUAUGUCACGGAAAGAAUUGCUCCACAUCUUGGUUUGGAUGACCCAACCAAUAUCAGUCUUACUCCUCACAACUGUUACUCGCAGCAACCUAUAGCUCAAGCCAUUAAGUACCAAGGUUUUGACCACUUGUCUGAGAUGUGAUUCACCAUAAUCAGGUAAUUCAUCACUCUGAACCUAGUGUUCUAAGGCUUGCUCAAUCUUGUAAAUCAGAGUAGCUAUUACAUUUGAGCGCACCGCUGAAACUUCCUUAAAGGGUUAUCAAUCGACAUAAAUUUGAUAUUUUGUAUUUCGAAGUCUUGGACAUCCCUCUACCAGUGUUACAAGGUUUAAAAACUCUGAAUGUUUCUUUUCAUCAUGCAAAAAAAGAUGUGAGGAACA